AUGCGAUCGGAUUGGGCUUUUGGUGGAGCAGGAGUUGCCGAUGACUUAGCAGAAGAUUUGGGCUUAGUAGAAGAAGAUACCUUAGCCUUACUCUCGAAGAAGGGGGAGCACGUCGAGAGAGAGGGAUAUGAUCCUCAUCACGGGUGCCCUCGGCAGCAUCGAGAGCUCGACUCAAGAUUGGUCAACCUCAAGCUUGAGUCGAGCUUUUACUCCUUGUUGGAUUCUAUCGCAAUCAUAGUGAAAGCAACAAUUGAUUUGGUUGGAUGGAGUGAGAAUAUUACAUUCAAAACACCGCCUUUUGCCGGAGCCAAUGAGCUCAAGUUUAUUGCAUAUGGUGACAUGGGCAAGGCUCCACUUGACGCCUCAAUAGAACACUUCAUGCAGCCGGGAUCAGUUAGUGUCGUCAAAGCUAUGGCUGAUGACGUGUCAUCUGGCCUUGUCGACUCGAUUUUCCACAUCGGUGACAUAAGUUAUGCCACGGGAUUUCUUGUAGAGUGGGACUACUUUUUGAGCCUCAUAUCCACACUCGCCUCCCGAGUUCCUUACAUGACCUCAAUAGGAAAUCACGAGAGGAAUUAUAUGGACUCUGCAUCGCUCUACAAAACUACGGACUCGGGAGGUGAAUGCGGAGUUCCUUAUGAGACUUAUUUUCCGAUGCCAACUCCCGGAAAGGACAGGCCGUGGCAUAGACCAAUGUACACCACCAAUGAAAGAUACACCGGAUUGCACAAUGUCGACCACAAGUUCAUUGACGCUGUUGAGCCAUUGCUACUACAGAAUAAGGUGGAUCUGGCUCUGUUUGGGCACGUACACAACUAUGAGAGAACUUGUGCGAUUUAUCAAAAAAUGUGCCUAUCAAUGCCGACAAAAGAAGGGAAUGGGAUUGACACGUAUGAUAAUACUAACUAUUCAGCACCGGUUCAUGCCAUUAUUGGGAUGGCCGGAUUUACGCUCGAUGAAUUUCCAACAGAUAGGAAUUAUAACUGGAGCUUGUCUAGGAUUGCCCAGUUCGGGUACAUUAGAGCGCAUGCUACUAGGAAUGAACUUAAAGUUGAGUUUGUGAAUGCAGAUACAAAGGAAGUUGGUGAUAGUUUUCGAAUCAUUAAGAACUGAAAAGAAAGUAGUUGCCGCAUAGAUUAGAUAUAUAUCUCGAACACGGUUGUUUUGCAGAAGACUAUCGGCAAUUUGUAUUGAAUACAAGAUCGAGAAAGUCAUCUUAAUUGAUAUGAGUUGUGCACUCUGCCACUCGACAUGCUACUGUAGAAGUUCUUACAAUUUUCCAACGAUAUGAAAGGUGAAAAAAGGAAACCAUUUAUUAUAUUAAGGCAAAUUUUUUGACUGCGGAUUCUAUGAAUGUUUUUAUAUGGCCAAAAUACAAUGAGCUUAAAUUCGAAACUAUAGUAUAAGUUCCUCUAGUCUUCAUGAUCAUUCUUGUUGAGAUAUCAAGAGUUAUAGGCAUCCAUUUUAUUCAUAUA